AUGUCGGUGGCCCAGGAGUGCAAAAUAAGAGAAUCCCCAAGGGACAGACGAGGACAACUGAAAGGGCUAAAGCUGCGGAGGGCGAGCUUGGGGGCGCUGGAGGCGGGUCCCGGCAUAGAGCCGGGGGUUCCCCGGAGCUGGCGUCCGUCGGCGGGAGCCGCGGGGAAGGGGGCAGCUCUUCCUGCGCGUCGGGCGCCAGCCCCUUCCCCGGCCUUCCGCGGACUUGUGCGGCGGGACCCCGAGGGCGGCAGGACGGGGCCAGAGCCGCGUCUGCCACGGGACGCCCCCACCCGACGGAGAGGAAAGUCUUCAGCUCCGGGAAAGAGUCCGGACGCCGCCAGGAGGGGGAGGAGCCGGGGGCGCGGAGAGGAGGGAGAGUCGGCGCCGGGAGACGAGGGAGGAAGGUGCGUGUGCGGCGCGCGGGGGCGCACGCGGAGGCCGCGGGAGCGCGGAGGGGUCCACGGCCGGCCCCGCCCGGGCGCCCCGGCCCGGCCCCGCCCCGCGGCCCGGCCCGGCCCCUCGCCGCCCGCGCGUCCCAGUCUCCUCCCCGAGGUGCCGGCGGCGGGGUCGCCACUCCCUCCGGCUCCCUCCCUCCGCCGCGCGCAUCUCAUACCAGCGCUCAUUCCGUACAUUCCAGCGUCCUCCUGCAGACUCCGGGCCGGGGCCGGGGACGGCCCGCAGCUCCCGGCCCCGCCGCCCGCGCCGCCGCGUCCGCCAGUGCCAUCGCCGGCCUCUCGGGACUCAGCGGAGCCGCGGCUGGAGAGUCGGCGCUCGCUCGGGGCGGACCCCUGGGGAGUGGCUUGGCGCACGCAGCCCACCCUCCCGCACCCUGGGACCGGUCCAACGGGCGCUCCUCCAAGCGGAGCCUUGGAGGGCAAGGCCGGCACCAUUACCUCUAACGAGUGGAGCUCUCCUAACUCCCCUGAGGGGAGCAGUGUCUCUGGGGGCAGUCAGGCUCUGGACAAGCCCAUCGACAACGAUGCGGAGGGUGUGUGGAGCCCUGACAUCGAGCAGAGCUUCCAGGAAGCCCUGGCCAUCUACCCGCCCUGUGGCCGACGCAAGAUCAUCCUGUCGGACGAGGGCAAGAUGUACGGUCGGAAUGAGCUGAUUGCCCGCUACAUCAAGCUCCGGACAGGGAAGACCCGCACCAGGAAGCAGGUCUCCAGCCACAUCCAGGUGCUGGCUCGUCGCAAAGCCCGCGAAAUCCAGGCCAAGCUGAAGGACCAGGCAGCUAAGGACAAGGCCCUGCAGAGCAUGGCCGCCAUGUCGUCUGCCCAGAUCAUCUCUGCCUCAGCCUUCCACAGCAAGAUGGCCCUCGCCCGGGGCCCUGGCCACCCGGCAGUCUCAGGGUUUUGGCAAGGAGCUUUGUCGGGCCAAGCCGGAACAUCCCAUGAUGUGAAACCUUUCUCUCAGCAAACCUACACUGUCCAGCCUGCGCUGCCUCUGCCAGGGUUUGAGUCUCCUGCAGGACCCACCCCGUCGCCCUCCGCGCCCCCAGCACCCCCGUGGCAGGGCCGCAGUGUGGCCAGCUCCAAGCUCUGGAUGUUGGAGUUCUCUGCCUUCCUGGAGCAGCAGCAGGACCCUGACACGUAUAACAAGCACCUGUUCGUGCACAUUGGCCAGUCGAGCCCAAGCUACAGCGACCCCUACCUCGAAGCCGUGGACAUCCGCCAGAUCUAUGACAAAUUCCCGGAGAAGAAGGGGGGGCUCAAGGAGCUCUUUGAACGGGGACCCUCCAAUGCUUUUUUUCUCGUGAAGUUCUGGGCAGACCUCAACACCAACAUCGAGGACGAGGGCACCUCCUUCUAUGGUGUCUCCAGCCAGUAUGAGAGUCCUGAGAACAUGAUAAUCACCUGCUCCACAAAAGUCUGCUCUUUCGGCAAGCAGGUGGUGGAGAAAGUAGAGACAGAGUAUGCCCGCUACGAGAAUGGUCACUACUCCUACCGCAUCCACCGGUCCCCGCUCUGUGAGUACAUGAUCAACUUCAUCCACAAGCUGAAGCACCUGCCCGAGAAGUACAUGAUGAACAGCGUGCUGGAGAACUUCACCAUCCUGCAGGUGGUCACCAACAGAGACACGCAGGAGACCUUGCUGUGCAUUGCAUAUGUCUUUGAGGUGUCAGCCAGUGAGCACGGGGCGCAGCACCACAUCUACCGGCUUGUGAAAGAAUGAGAGACUUGGGGAGCAGGGAGGGGGGACAUGGGAAGGGGACCUGCAGGGGCAGCCCCCUGAAGUGCCAAGAGAGCUGAGAGGAGCAGUCAUGGCUCUUCCUACCCAGGAACAAACUGUGCCUGAACCUGCAGUGCCCAACCCCAAAUAAACCCAAGAUGUUGUAUAUUUGCAGAGGACCUGGUCUGGCUGUACAAGCCUCGGGAGGGACUGGGGGAGAAGGGGGCAGUCUGGGAGGCAGGCUGGAAGCAGGGCUGAGAAUGCACCCCGGGCAGUUCUAGAGCCAGCGCCCCAGCGGACUCAGCUGGGAACGUUGCCAGAAACUGGAGCCCGAGAUGUGAUGUUCCCUCUGCUGCCAUCACCACUCAUGCAUGGCUGCGUCUGCACUCCCUGACCACCCCUGCAGAGCCACUCCUCCAGGACAGCUAGCUCAGAGAGGCCCCCGUCCACCAUUUUAGGUGGAAGUGAUAGAAUUGUUGGAAGGGGACACGGUCAGAGCUCCUCAGUUUUCAUCCAUCUCCAGUGGACGUGGAUUCCGUGGCCAUCUUCCAUCAUGACCAUGGUUGGGGACUGGUUCCACAUCAGGGGAGCCCAGACAAGGAGGGCAGCAGGUGAGGCGGUGCAGUCUGGCUGAGGCGUGUGGAUGGGGAGGCUGGGCAGGGGCCUCUGAGACCUGUCAGGUCUGGUGUUCUGAGUCUUGACUCAAACUCCUUAUCUGCCCAGACCCCCUCGGAGCCAGCCCCAGGCUGCCUGACUCCCUCCCCAAAGUGGGGGCUUCUGUGCUCACUGGGGGUGGAGGAGGGAUUUCCUGGCUUAUUUCUCCUGAGCACAGGCAUGGGCUUUGAGUUUAGACAGUCCUGGCUUCCAUCCUCGUAUUCCAAGCUGCCUGACCUUGGACAAAUUUCUCAACUUGUCCAAACCUUUGUUCCCUUUCCUCUCUGUACAGUGGGGAGGCAGUAGCACCUACCUUAGAAGACCUUGGUGAGCAGGAGAGGUCAUGUCUGCAAGCUGCCUGGUGCAAGCUGCUCUCAAUAUUUAGUAACGAGUCAUCCCUCCCCUCCCUCGGCGAGGCCCGGGGCUGGCUCUUUGCCGCCCCCUAGUGGCUGUUUGGUGUCAUUAUCCCUCUUAGGCCCACAGUUCCGGUAGCCUGAGCCAACGAGAGUGAAGGUUCAGCCACAGGUGUUGACUGUGCGCCCGGCACUCAGGGGGCAUGACAUGGAAAUACGGAAUGAACAAGACAGCAUCUAGGAGGUGUUACGAAGAGGUGGUUAGGAGCCAGGACUCUCGAGUCAGACCAGUUACUGACUAGCUGUGUGACCUUAGGGCAAGUUACUUAAUUUGACUGUGCCUCAGUUUCCCCAUCUGUAAAAUGGGUAUAAUAAUAAUAACCUACCUCAUGUAUGUACAGUGCCUAGCAUAGUGCUGAGCACAUAAAUAUGUUCAAUAAACAUACAUUGUUAUUAACAAUA